GAAAGAGGUUUUGUGGAGCUGGAAGAAAGGAUAAACCGUUUCUCUGAAAAGAGGAUUGUGUUGCAGCAGGUGCUGCUGACAUUUAAAGAAAUUUUGCAGCUGGAACUGGGGGACGAUGCAGGCCCAUCUUUCUUACCUGGAUUGCAAGGACGGUCGUCGUUCUAUUCUAGGUUUCUCCAUUCCUGCAGAAGACAUGGCAGGGAAAUGGUCUUGUUAGAACCAGCUCAGGAGCCGGUGUCCUUUGAAGAGGUAGCUGUGCAUUUCACGCAGGGAGAGUGGGCUCUCCUGGAGCCAAAUCAGAGAGCCUUGUACAGAGAUGUCAUGCAAGAGAAUUAUGAAAACGUGACCUCGUUAGUUCUUUCCCUAGCCAAGUCAGAUCGGAACUCCUGCCCAGAGAAAGAGGACGAGGCAAUCUUAAUCCUGCAUCCUCAGGGAACGAUGGAAGGGAACAACCGUGACAUCACCAGGACAGUGCAUGAUGGGCAGGAGAAUAGAAAUGUGAAAGAGAAGAAUCUACGAUCAGAAAUAUCUGGGGAAGAUGUACCUCGAGACGCCUCUUCGAGAAGGGGCAAAGCAAAAGGGCUCCAGGAUCAUGGGGGAACAGAUGUGUCUCAGCAUCAGCGCAGAUCAGAAAGAUGUCAAAAAGCUGAACGAGAGAUCGGGCAGAAGAAACCAGAAACUUCUCAGAAAGACUGUCAGGACAUUGGUAGCAAGACAGCCCAGAAGAUGAUUUCUAAAGGCAAGCGGGGAAAAGCGUGUCCCAAAUGCGGGAAAGUGUUCCGUCAGAGCGUACUUUUUCUUAAGCAUAAGAGGACCCAUGCAAGAACAAAGCCCCAUCAGUGUUCGGACUGCGGGAAAAUCUUCAGCCAGCGCUCCCACCUUAACAAACACCAGAGAACCCACAGGAAAGAGAAACCGUUCAGCUGCUCAGACUGCGGGAAAACUUUCCACCGGAGCUCCCACCUCGCCUCGCACCGAGGGAUCCACACAGGCCUCCGACCGUACAAAUGUUCAGGUUGCGAGAAAAGCUUCCGACGGGCGCCCGACCUUAGGAGACACGAGAAAAUCCACACGGGAGAAAAGCUGUAUCAGUGCUUGGACUGCGGGAAAAGUUUCGGCCUGAGCUCCACCCUGGUUAAGCACGAAAGGAUUCAUACGGGUGAGAAGCCGUACAAAUGCUCAGAUUGCAGGAAAGGUUUCAGCCAGAGAUCUCAUCUCAUUGUACACAGGAGGACCCACACCAGGCACCGGCCGUACCAGUGUUCUCUAUGCGGCAACAGCUUUAGCCAGAAUGCACAUCUGACCGCACAUCAGAGAACCCACACGGGAGAGAAACCCUAUCAAUGCUCCGUCUGCGGCAAAAGCUUUAAACUGAACUCGGCGCGGAUGAAACACCAGAGGAGCCAUGGAAACACUUUGGAUGCUCAGGCUGCGGGGAAACUUUCUGUCGCACCGCCCGUCUUGCGUCGCUCGGAAAGAUCUGUGCGGAUGUCGAACUGCAGCAAAGCUAUAGGUUAA